AUGGAUUUUGGAGAUAAAAGUUGGAUGAAUCUCCGAAGAUCCACCAAUGAAUAUAUUCAUGGAGUUAAUGAUUUUCUUGAUAAAGCAUUUGAACGAGCUUCCCAAGGAAAUGAAAUAUUGUGUCCUUGUAAGAAGUGCUUUAAUCGUAAUUGGCAUUGCCGAAAUAUGGUAGAGGAUCAUUUGAUUUGCCAUGGAUUUGUUCAUGGAUACACCAAAUGGGUUUUUCAUGGUGAAGGAUUUUCCUCAAGAAAUACGCCACAUCCAACCGAUGAAGAAGAAACUUCUAACAUGCAUGACGACAUUGAUAGAUUACUUCAUGAUACUUUUAGAAAUAUUGUAGAUGAUCAGAGAGAUGAAGGAGUGAGGGAGGGGCCACAUGGAUAUGCAAAGAGAUUUUUUAAAUUAGUGGAGGAAGGGAAAGAAGAGUUGUAUCCAGGAUGUAAGAAUUUUUCUAUGUUGAGUUUUACCAUCCGGCUAUACUUGUUUAAAUGCAUUCACAAGUUUACUGAUGUGGCCUUUUCAGAUUUAUUGGACUUGAUAAGAGAGGCAUUUCCAUUGGCUCAGAUACCCGACUCGUUUUACAAGGCAAAAAAGGUCAUAAAAGAUUUGGGUCUUCAUUAUGAGAAAAUACAUGCUUGCACUAUUGAUUGCAUAUUAUUUUGGAAUGACAAUGCAAAGUUAGAUAAUUGCUCUGUGUGUGGAGCUUCAAGAUGGAAGAAUGUUCGGAAUGACUUAAAUAAUAAGGUUACGAAAAUCCCACUGAAGGUUUUAAGGUACUUUCCUUUAAAGCCUAGACUUCAGAGGAUAUUCAUGUGUUCUGAAACAUCUGUAGCUAUGAGAUGGCAUGAUACUGAAAGACUUAAAGAUGGAAAUUUAAGACAUCCUGCAGAUGGUGAAGCUUGGAAGGAUUUUGAUUCAUUGGAUCCUAACUUUGCUAAUGAUGCUCGUAAUGUUAGAUUGGGUCUUUCAAGUGAUGGUUUCAAUCCAUUCAGAGCUAUGAGCAUUUCCCAUAGCACAUGGCCAGUUAUGUUGAUGAACUAUAAUUUAUCUCCAUGGAUUUGCAUGAAGUCGGAGAAUAUUAUGUUAUCAAUGAUUAUUCCAGGUCCAUCGUCUCCGGGAAAUGAUAUAGAUGUAUACUUGCAACCACUGAUUGCGGAGUUGAAGGAACUAUGGGAAGUAAGAGUUGAAACAUAUGAUGCUGUAACUAAUCAAACAUUUCUAAUGCAUGCAGCUUUAUUGUAG